AUGCUAAUAUUCAAAAGGUAUAAGCAUAUCAGACCCAUCUUUAAGACACAUGCAGGAGGGAAUAGUAUAAAUGUCUCCCGUAAACAGGAUCUGAUCCAUAGAGAUAUCACAGAGAUUCGGAAAAACUCGAAAGACAAUAAUCAGCUUAAUCUUAACAUCUGCCUGAAGAUGAAAGCCUACAAUAGGACGCCUCAAACAAUAAACAACGUAUUCAGAUUAUGCAACGUACUAAAGCAAGAAAAAGAUUUUAUCCCAGAUAACCGAGUAUAUUACGAGAUAAUAAAGUCAAUCAACCACAAAUGCGACCUGAUUGGUAACACUGACAGAUUACUGAAAGACGAAAAGAUUCAAGAAAUACAAAUAUUGGCUAAUACGAGUCUAGACCUAGCCCAAGAACUGAUUUCUCACAACGGCCCAAGAUGCAAGAUAUCUGCUCCUCUAAGAGAACAGCUGGAAAAAGUGGUAACUAAGUGUCAAUCUGUUUUGCUUCUUAGAAGAUAUUUAGGCUUAUUGAAAACCAUUGGCACUUCGGACAAAUAUGAAUAUUUGCGGAUAUUGACAAGGUUCUACUUCAACUCUAAUCAAUAUGAGCUAUGUUUUGACUCUUUUUGGAUAAUGAUCUCAAAAUAUGAGGCUGGCUUUACAACAAAACCUUUGAACAAUGUUCUGAACGAGUUUCACUUGGGGUAUCUCAUCAGAUGGAGCUCCGAGAGGAAUGAUGAAGCAAAUAUCCUGAAAAUGAUUGAAUUAUUAGAGAAAAACAACAAAGUUCAUGAUUUUAUAACUGACAAAACAUUGUACAGAUUAACCACCCAUUCGGUACAAUACAAUAACCACAAAGUGUUGGCUAGAUUACUACAAUUGAAGGAUGACAAUUCCCUCUUCUUUAACGAUUACAACUUUAACGAAAACACCCUUAAAGAGUUUUUGAAUUGCUUUAGUGAAAAUGGACUGGUAGAUGAAACUUUGACUGUCAUUGAAAGAAUUUUAUUAUUGAGAAAUCAAUCUACUCUGGACAAUGAACUAGCUAGCCACUUAAUUCAAUGCUAUGCGAACAAUAAGGAGACAAAUUAUCUGACUGUAUGGGACAUUUGCAAGGAUAUCAAUGUGGAUAUCAACACCAAAGACUUAUAUGUUUUGAGGUAUCCUCAGUUAGCUACCACCGCGGACAUCAGAAACAAUUUCAAAGCUCUCUUAGAUGACCUAAUCAAUCAUGAUUCACCUCUAGAAUUAAAAAAGAAGCUGCUAGAGUCCAUUUUUGUUCACAUUAAAACAAGAGUGCAAACACUAGCACUGUCGUCAGUCCCUGUGGAGUUACUAAGUCCCAAAUUAUUAGAAUUAUACUCAUAUUAUUUCAAGUCAACAUUUCCUUCUAAGCUGACUGCAUACCAAUUCACGAUCUUGCACAAAUCAAUAACUAAUGAAAAGCUAUCCCCAAAGUGUCACUAUCAUUUAAUGCUCAGUCAAUGUCAUGGAAACUCUCAUUCCACACUGAACUAUUUUCUAUUCAACUAUCUUAAUGAGUACCAAUAUUUAACACCAAAAAUACUAGAGUUGAUCCAGAUGGUAAUUGAGGAAACUAAUGAUUUCCAGCUAAAAGAGUUCUUGAAUUACUAUGUUCAACACUCUAAUAACCCUGAUGGGGGCCGUUGGAGAGAAUUGCUUCAUCCCGAAGAUGAUUACUUUUCCAUUAGAAUUUUGACUAGAAAAAAUCAUCAGAUAAUAGAUGGUUUUGGUGAGUAUAGUUACGGUAUUGACCACACAAAUGCCACAAGGCUAGCUUCGAUUGGUUAA